UUGAAAUGCAAAGAGAUUAAAUUACAUGCAUUCAGGUCAAAAUGUUGAAACGUGUAGGUUUGUCCGCCGCUCAGGAUUUCUUCUUUUUGAACCGUUGGAUUAUGAAAUUCGCCGGGCUUUGGUUGCCCGACAGUCAAAAUCCCAAUGUUCAAACGGCAUAUAAAAUUUACGCCGUCUUCGUUUUCGUAUUUGUGAACUUGUACUUCACGGCCACCGAAUUCGUGAGUCUCCUUUACACCUACAAAGAUUUGAACGAGUUCAUUAAGAACAUCAAUUUUGCUCUGACGCACUUAAUGGGAGCUGUAAAAGUCGUUUUCUGGUACUUCAACGGUUACAAGAUGCAACGGAUCAUUAAAGUGUUGGAAGAAGCCGAUUACUACGAAGAAUCGGGCCAGUUCAAGCCGAAGGAGUUGUACGACGAUUUUAGGAUUCUGGGAAUGAAAACGACGAUAGUGUUUUUCUUGUUCGCUCACUCGACUUUGAGUGCGUCGUAUCUUCCUCCGACUUUCAUAGCAUUGAAAUACCUGUUUGCUGAUUCGUGGGAAGGAUUACCGGAAAAUUUGCCAUAUUAUUGUUGGAUGCCGUUCGCUUACGACACACCGAAACUCUAUCUGCUUGCCUUGGGUUAUCAGGCUGGUCCUAUGUUUUCUUACGCCUACAGCAUCGUGGGUAUGGACACCUUAAUCAUGAACAUCCUGAAUUUUAUCUCGUAUCAUCUGAGUCUGAUACAAAGAGCGUUUCUGACCAUUGCCGAAAGGACUCUGGAGGAUCCUUGUAGGAGCAAACUUACAAAGGAGGAGGAUGAAAUGAUAAACCGUGAAGCGGUCAAGAUUUGCAGACACGUCCAAGUCAUCAGAAGGAUAUGCAUGGAGUUAGAGGCAACUCAACGCUAUCUAACCUUUUGUCAAGGGAUGGCCACGUUGUUCAUACUGUGCACGUGCCUGUAUCUUGUCUCUACGACGCCGGUGUUUAGUGAAGAGUUUUACGCCGAGGUAAUUUACUUUGUCGCAAUGGGUUUUCAGGUUUUCUUGUAUUGUUGGUUCGGCAAUGAAGUUACAUUGAAGGCACAAGAGGUGCCCAUGUACAUUUGGAGAAGCAAUUGGUACGCCACUAAUAAAAAAUUCAAAGAAACAAUGGUUUAUACCAUGUUAAUUAUGAAGAGAUCUAUUUAUUUCAGCUUUGGCAAUUUUGUUCCUUUAACUUUGCAGACAUUCAUGAAUAUAUUAAAGACAUCUUACUCAUUCUUUGCCGUAAUUAAUAAUUCAGAGAAGUAAACUUCUUUAAAAUGUUUUUGUAGUUGUCACGUAUUAAUUUUAAUAUUAGUAACACUUGUUAAAUAGAGUAGUAUGUAAUUCAAUAAA